AUGGCAAGCGGCGGCGGUCUGGCGGCCAUAGCUUCGGGCAAGGAUUCAUUUCAGAGCAAGAAAGACAAAAAGAAAGAUGUCGUUGUCUCGGAUUUCGAGGAUUACAAGAAAUGGCAGCCAUUGGUUUCUUUCUCAUCGACCCCUAUCUUAUGGAUUCUUUCUCUCCAACAAUUCCCACUCUUCUACUCCAAAGAUUCAUCACCAGAGCAGUUCCUUAGUGGAGGUGAUACUGUUUUCCAGGACCAGCUUGAUCCAUUCUCACUUGUUGCUGAUGAGCUAUCACUUCUUGCUAAUAGAUUGCGGUCAAUGGUAAUUGCUGAGGUUCCUAAGCUUGCCUCAGCUGCUGAGUACUUUUUUAAAAUGGGGGUAGAAGGAAAGAGGUUCCGUCCCACGGUUUUGUUGCUGAUGGCAACAGCUUUGAAUGUGCGUAUACUUGAACCGAUACCUGGUGGUGUAGGAGAUGCUUUGACAACAGAACUACGUCAAAGACAGCAAUCUAUAGCCGAGAUUACUGAGAUGAUCCAUGUGGCGAGUCUUCUGCAUGAUGAUGUGUUGGAUGAUGCAGAUACGAGACGUGGUAUUGGUUCAUUAAAUUUUGUUAUGGGCAAUAAGGUGGCAGUACUUGCUGGAGAUUUUCUGCUUUCACGAGCUUGUGUAGCCCUUGCUUCUUUGAAAAACACAGAAGUUGUUUCAUUACUAGCAACAGUUGUAGAACAUCUUGUUACUGGUGAAACUAUGCAGAUGACUUCAACAUCUGAGCAACGUUGUAGCAUGGAGUAUUAUAUGCAAAAGACAUACUACAAGACUGCAUCUUUGAUUUCAAAUAGCUGCAAGGCAAUUGCCCUUCUUGCAGGGCAUACAACAGAAGUUGCAAUGUUGGCUUUCGAGUACGGCAAAAAUCUGGGAUUGGCAUUUCAAUUGAUUGAUGAUGUUCUCGAUUUCACAGGCACUUCUGCUUCCCUUGGAAAGGGUUCAUUAUCUGACAUUCGCCAUGGAAUUGUAACAGCUCCUAUAUUGUUUGCCAUGGAGGAGUUCCCUCAGUUGCGUGCAGUUAUUGACAGGGGCUUUGACAAUCCUGAAAACAUUGAUUUAGCCCUUGAGUACCUUGGGAAGAGCCAUGGAAUACAGAGGACAAGGGAGCUAGCUGCAAAGCAUGCUAACCUUGCUGCGGCAGCUAUUGAUUCUUUACCUGACACAGACGAUGAAGAAGUAAGAAAAUCAAGGAGGGCACUAGUUGAUCUUACUGAAAGAGUAAUUGCAAGAAAUAAAUGA